AGCUAGACGCAAGCUUAAGACGCGUUUUUAACAACAGAUCUUCGGAAUUUUACACGGCGUCUAAAAAACGCCACGCUCCUGCACGAGACGCUAAAACAGUGAGAAGGUCAAAGACGUCAGUCGAACGCAUGUUUACAUACGAAAACAGUUGAAAAAACCGCGCGGAGUAGCGCCUCAAGACGUUUUUGGUAUGAAUGACCCCUUGUGCUGAAGUGUAGCGCUCGAACGUACUCGAUGAUGUCUCUUUGAUACUGCGGGAGGAAAAGUUGUGGACCAACGGAUGUACAGCAGGGAAGGUCGCCUUGUUUUUCAAACGAUUGGUUGCUUUGAAGCAACCAUUUUCUCUUAACUAGCAGUCUAGCGGUGUUUUUGUCUUCAUCUGCAGCCAACACCGGCUGUGACAGUCAGCGAUCCGUUCCCGGUGUUUCAGUUAACUGACAAUACAUCUGAACAUUUUCUUCUCAACAGCGUUUGACCAUUUAUUCAAGAGCUCCAGUUUACGGGUGUAAAAGUGAGAUAUCGAGCUGUGAAGAUGACGGGUAAAUCAGUUAAAGACAUUGACCGCUAUCAAACUGUACUCGCAUCUCUUCUCGCGCUAGAGGAAAACAAGUUUUGCGCUGAUUGUCACGCCAAAGGUCCCAGAUGGGCAUCCUGGAAUCUUGGAAUCUUCAUUUGUAUACGCUGUGCAGGAAUCCACAGGAAUCUUGGCGUGCACAUAUCACGAGUUAAAUCUGUAAAUUUGGAUCAAUGGACUCAAGACCAAAUUCAGUCUGUUCAGGAGAUGGGGAAUGCCAAAGCACGACGACUGUAUGAGGCCUUCUUACCAGAGUGCUUCCAGCGCCCAGAAACAGACCAAGCUGCUGAGAUUUUUAUACGAGACAAAUAUGAUAAGAAGAAAUAUAUGGACAAGUGCAUUGAUAUCCAGUCCUACAAGAGAGAGAAGAGUGAGACAGUAACAAAGGAGGCUCCUGUUGUUUUUGAAAAGAUGAAGAAAAAGGAUGAGUCACAACAAUUCAAAAACUGUCCAAAGAAACAGUCACAGUCUGUAAAUGACCUAUUAGGACUAGAUGCCCCAGCUCCUCAAGCACCUGUGUCCAAUGGCAAGCCAUGUACUGACCUUAGCCCCGCCCUCGACCUCUUCAGCUCUUUGCCUGCUGCUGUCAGCAGUUCAAACUCAGCAAGAAGCACGCCUAGCUUGGGGUCAAUGCCCACUGGGCGAGUAGCAGCAUCAGUGCCCGAGAACCUCAGCCUGUUUCUGGACCCGCCCACCAAAAGCGAAGAGAGCAGCAAGAAAAUGUCCAAGGACUCGAUCCUCUCUCUGUACAGCAGUGCAACUCCACAAACAAACAUGGCCACUCACGCUGGCAUGUUCAUGGGUGCAACACAGAUGCGCUACGUCCCUGCUGCAGGAUACGGCCAAUACCAGGCCCUUGGUGCCCAGCAGGCCGUGAUAGGGCCUAUGAUGGCUCCGCAAAUGAAUGUACUUGGACAGGGAGGUGUCAUGCAGCAACCCGGAGUGACAACUGCUCCUCCAUACAUGGCAGGGGUGCAGGGGGGCGUGAUGGGAAUGCAGAACGGGAUGAUGGGAGGCAUGGCAACAGUUCCUCAACAAACAUAUGGAGCACAGCAGGCUCAACAGCUGCAGUGGAACAUCAGCCAGAUGACUCCGCACACGGCAGGCAUGAAUUUCUACGGUGCCAAUAACAUGAUGGGACACGGGCAGCCCAUGGGUGGGACAGCAGCUCCCGGUUCCAAUCAUAUGCUCGGAUCACAUGUGUGGAAGUGAUGAUGUCCUAAAGAGAUUUUAACAGUCUGAAUGGGUGGGCUUGGCUGGCGCCACAACUGACUAUCAGCAGAAGGAACACGUUGGGAAGUCAAUUGGAAGAUCGCAACAGAAGUCCCUACCUCCAUCAUUCUCAGAGCCAUUUUCCACAUUCUCCUGCUUGCCUUUAAACAGUCAUAUACUCAGAAAGAGACGUAUUACAUAUGCAGCAAUACUCGCAUUUCUGAUGCUCUUCUCAUCUGAAACUCCACAUUUCACAACUCCAACGUUAUUGUUCUCUCUUUCAGUUCUCUCAUUGCUAUUUUCAGUUAUGGUUCACCCUAAAUUGAACAUUUUGUGGUCAUUUACUCACCCUCAUGUGGAUCCAAACCUGUAUGACUUAAUUUCUUCCAUUUCUUCGGCACAAUGACAGCCUCAGUCACCAUUCUUUUUCAUUGUAUGGAGAAAAAAAGAUGCAGUGAAUGUGAAUAGUGACUAAGUCAUACGGGUUUGGAACAAAAUAAGGUAAAGUAAAUUCUGACAGAAUUUUUUACUUUCCCUUUAAGCUGUUUAUGGUUAUUUUAUAUCCUAAAACACUUGAUCAUACAGCUACAUAUGCUGUUUUAGGAGGUAACUAACUAGGCACUGGGUUUUUGAACCAAGCUUAUUUGUUCUUGCUCUGAACAUGCUUGCAAUCAUUAAUGAACACUUGAACGUGCAUACAGCGUUACUCAGAAGCCAUUUCAGUUGUGAUGACAUGCCAUUUUUGUUUGUAAAGGUAAGAACCUGUGUCUUUACAACCUUUUAUACUGCUGUGAGAAAAAUGUCCAUUACUGUGUUGCUAGGUCUGCUUUUAAGGGGCUCCAGAAAACCUAUGAAUGGUACUUUGACUCUAUGUUUUAUUUUGCAACUCAGGAGAAACAUGCUUGGGAGGAUGAGGGUUUUCACAUCCAUCUCAUAGCUAAACAUUCACAUUCAGCCAAAGAUUUAUUAAAGCUUUGUAGUCUGCACAGAUCUUUGGAAUGACAUGUUCUGGAUGGAUUCUGUGGUAUAUGAAGUGGGUUCAGCCAUUUGGUGUUUGUUGUUUGAGUGCAUUGGAGCCUGACCUCAAAUGUUUAAUUGCUCCAUUGAUUGUAUUGUGCACUGCUUUUCUCCUCAUUACUGAAUGCAGGGUCACCACUGUCAAAAUAAACCUUUGAGACUCUGAGGCUGCAGUUUGGACAGAGACCAAAUGAUUGUUUCAUUCUGGCUUCUGCCAAUGAGUGCAGAAUUUAUAGAAGUUAAAUUAAACCAGUAAGCUUGGGGUUAUGUCGACUGGUUUAAUGUACACACUGUUUGUUUGAGCUUAACAUCCUCUAAAGUAACCAAAUGCAAUGAUAUUUUUAUUUUCAGGGGGGUGGCAGUUUAAAGUAGACUGGAAUGUUCAUAUACAAUGCCUAUAGAAAGUCAUCAUAUCAUAUAAUUUGUCACAUAAUGCCCUGGAAAUUUAAAUCAAUUCAAUCUAACCUUUUCCAAUUGUAUUUCCAUAUUAUAUCCUUCAACAUCAAAGUGAAAUAACAUGCAAAAAAAAAAAAUAUAUUAAAAUGUCUGAUUUUGAUGAGUGAUCAACCCAAGAAUAACCAUUAUAAACUUUCUCAGGUGCAACCAAUCACCUUUCAGAUCACAUAUCUGGAUAACUGGCCCCUACCUGACAUCGAUUGUUGAGGUUUUGAUUACUUAAGUAUAAUAACCAGCUGUUCCAUGAGGAUUCCAUUACUAGUAGUGCAUGGCAAUGAAUUCAAGAAUUCCCCAUGGAUGGGAAGGUGCUUUCAAGGGCUCUGGGAUAAAAUUGUGGAAAGGCGCAGGUUAGGAUAAAGGUACAAAAAGAUUUCAAAGGAUUGAACUAUUCCUCUGAGUACAGUUCAGAGCAUUAUUAAGAAAUGGAAAGCACAUGGCACCACCAAAAACAUGCCUAGAUUGGGCCGUCUCUCCAAACCAGAUGGCCGUGCCAUUAUUGAUCAAGAGACGUUAUUAAGAGUCCAAAGGCAACUUUACAAGCCCUUAUGGCUGGAUCAGUCUGUGCAUGUUUCAACAUUCUCCCAAGCUUUAUUUACACAAAGCUGGCUUUUAUGGCAGUGUGGCAAGAAAGGCAGAAGGUUCUACGGUCAGAUGACUCAAAAUUGAAAUUUUGGACUGAACUCCAAUCUAUAUUUGGAGAAAACCAAACACAGCACACAAACCAGAAUGUACCAUACCUACUGUGAAGCAUAGUGGAUGAUACAUUAUGUUGUGGGGGUGUUUCUCUUCAGCAGGGACUGGGCAAUUGGUCAGGGUUGAAGAGAAAAUGGAUACUGCCAUGUACACUUAAAUUCUUGAGGAAAAUCUAUGGCCCUCUGCUCAACAACGGAAGAUGGGCAGGUUGUUCACUUUUCAGCACCACAAUGACCCUAAACACACCGCCAAAAAGCAAAAACAACACAGUGGCUUAAGGAUAGAUAGGUCAAAGUCCUUGAGUGGCUAAGUCAGAGCCCUGACCUAAAUCUAAUAGAAAACCAGUGGAAUGACUUGAAAAGAGCAGUUCAUCGCUGCUCACCCUGGAAUUUGAUUAAACUCAAACAAUUCUGCUAGGACGAAUGGGCAAAUAUUCCCCAAUCUAGGUGCGUGAAGCAAGUAGAGACAUAUCCAAACAGACUGAUGGCUGUCAUUAAAGCAAACGUAGCUGGGGUAUGAUCACUUUUCAAACCCUGUUAUCCUAGUUUUUCAUUUUAUUUUUUUUUACACAUUUUUGGAACUGUUUGGAACCUUUUUUGUUACUCAAAUGUUGUAAGGCACAAUUUGUAAAUAAUGAUGUAAAACAUUUUUUAAUGGGUUUUGAUUUCAGGCUCUAAAACAAAAAAAAAAGAGAUAAUUCCAAAGGGGUAUGAUGAUUUUUUUUAUAGGCACUAUAUGUCUUGAAACUACUUAACCCACUGAACCACAGUUCUGACCUCUUAGUUUUAAACUUCCAUUAAACAAGAGCUUAUAAAAAGGAGAAACAGGACCACUUUAAUAAGAUUGCAAGGAGUUUUAAAAUGUGCUGUUGUAUAUAUUUAUCUUUGUUUUUGGAGAUGUUUUCAUCUUGCAUAGCCAUGGGGACUCACAAAAUGUUCUGCCCAUUAAAACUGAUUUUCAGGUCAAUAUGAACUAUGAUGUGGUGGUUUGUAAAGGAGUUUAACAAUAUUUGGUUGCAGUGUUUUUUUUUUUUUUGUUUGUUUGUUUUUUACUGUGACAUUGACUGUGAAGAAUUGUUUGCUACAAUUAUGACUUGUGUUGAUGCUUUUUAUACAUGAGUGAAUAUAUGGUCUAUAAAAUGACCAUAAAUGAUCUGAAUUGUCGUUGUCAUUCUGCACAUCACUGCCCUCUACUGGCCAAUAAGUGAUCCUCAGUUUUGUUAUAAGAAAGCUGUGUAAGAUGGACGUUUUUACCAAACAUUUGUAAUCUUGUAUGUGCUAAGUUGCUGAAUGUGAUUGUUCUUCGGCUGGACUUUGUUACAGUGCAAAACGUUUCUUUUAAGUUGAAUUCGCACUGCAUAUUUUUGUUUGCUUGAUUCUGAUUAAAUGGGACUGUGUUCUUCUAUUUCCUGCUAAUAUGGCAUAUUUGAACUUGUACAUAGAAUAUUUGUUAUGAUAUGUAAUACUCUCUAUGUAAAUUACAUGUCCUUGGGUUCUUUCAUUUAAAACUAUUGUUAUUAUGGCACUUUACUAAUCAAAGUUUGUCUGCAUGAAUUGUUGUUAAUGAGAAAGUUUGAUCAGAAGUGAUUAGCUGAUAUGUUUAUUACAGACGUCAUUAAAUUGCAUAUGCAGACAAUCUCGCGUGCAUGCUAGCCAUUCAAAAACAGCAAUGUUCUAACUGACUUCAUACUAUAUCAGUGGGCUGAAAAGUGUUUAUUUGAUUCACUACACUGAGUGGGUCUGCUAUUAAAGGAAAGUUAACCUGCCCAAAAAAAAAAAAA